UCUGGGAUCUGGGACGGAACUGCGUUGAGCUGGGUCAACCGUAUCCAGGGAGGACUAUGGGGCGCCAGAGAAAAAGGGGGACCGUGAUCCCUCACGAGCAGAUCCUAAGGCCAAGACAUAAAAGGAGGCCUAAAUCGGGGAAGAGAAGAAAAAUGAAGAGGAAAACAAUGAAGGCAGACAUGGAGGAGCUGAAGAAGGAAGUGGUCAUGGACGAUCACAAAUUAACCCUGGAAGAGCUGAGCACAAAGUACUCUGUGGACCUGACGAAGGGCCUCAGCCCCAAAAAGGCACAGGAAAUCUUGAACCGAGAUGGACCCAACGUGCUUACGCCGCCCCCCACCGUUUCGGAAUGGGUCAAGUUCUGUAAACAACUCUUUGGUGGCUUCUCCAUCUUACUGUGGAUGGGUGCCAUUCUCUGUUUCGUGGCCUAUGGCAUCCAGAUGCAUUUCAAGGAGGAUCUUUCCAGAGAUAAUCUGUACCUGGGCAUCGUACUGUCCUUCGUGGUCAUCGUCACCGGCUGCUUCUCCUACUACCAGGAGGCCAAGAGCUCCAAGAUCAUGGAGUCUUUCAAGAACAUGGUGCCUCAGCAAGCUUUGGUGAUUCGAGAUGGAGAGAAGAUACAGAUCAACGUAGAGAACGUGGUGGUGGGAGACCUGGUGGAGGUGAAGGGCGGAGACCGAAUCCCUGCGGACCUCCGGCUCAUCUCUGCACAAGGAUGUAAGGUGGACAACUCCUCCUUGACUGGAGAGUCAGAGCCCCAGUCCCGCUCCCCUGACUUCAGCCACGAGAACCCUCUGGAGACUCGUAACAUCUGCUUCUUCUCCACCAACUGCGUGGAAGGAACAGCCCGGGGCGUUGUGAUAGCAACGGGAGACUCCACAGUGAUGGGCCGCAUCGCCUCUCUGACGUCAGGCCUGGAGAUGGGCAAGACCCCCAUCGCUGUGGAGAUCGAACACUUCAUCCAUCUGAUCACGGCGGUGGCCGUCUUCCUUGGCGUCUCUUUCUUCGGGCUCUCGCUCAGCUUGGGCUACGGCUGGCUGGAGGCUGUCAUUUUUCUCAUCGGCAUCAUUGUGGCCAAUGUGCCCGAGGGGCUGCUGGCCACCGUCACUGUGUGUCUGACCCUGACCGCCAAGCGCAUGGCGCGCAAGAACUGCCUGGUGAAGAACCUGGAGGCGGUGGAGACGCUGGGCUCCACCUCCACCAUCUGCUCGGACAAGACGGGGACCCUCACCCAGAACCGCAUGACCGUCGCCCACAUGUGGUUCGAUGAGACCAUCUACGAGGCGGACACCAGCGAAGAGCAGACUGGGAGAACAUUUGCCAAAGGCUCAGCUACCUGGUUCGUCCUGGCCCGAAUCGCCGGCCUCUGCAACCGAGCUGAAUUUAAGGCUAACCAGGAGACCCUUCCCAUCAUCAACCGAGCCACAACAGGCGAUGCUUCUGAGUCGGCCCUCCUCAAGUUCGUCGAGCAUUCGUACAGCUCUGUGAAGGAGAUGAGAGAGAAAAACCCCAAGGUGGCCGAGAUUCCCUUUAAUUCCACCAACAAGUACCAGAUGUCCAUCCACCUGCAGGAGGAGAGCUCCCAGCCCCACGUGCUGAUGAUGAAGGGGGCCCCUGAGAGGAUCCUGGAGUUUUGCUCCACGUACCUUCUGAACGGAGAGGAGUACCCCAUAGACGAGAAGAUGAAGAGCAAGUUCCAGGACGCCUAUCUGGAGCUGGGAGGCCUGGGGGAGCGCGUGCUCGGCUUCUGUUUCUUGAAUCUGCCCACCACUUUCUCCAAGGGAUUCAAGUUUGACACGGAUGAGAUCAAUUUCCCCAUGGAGGACCUUUGCUUUGUGGGGCUCAUCUCCAUGAUUGACCCUCCCCGGGCCGCAGUGCCCGACGCCGUGGGCAAGUGUCGCAGUGCGGGGAUUAAGGUGAUUAUGGUAACAGGGGAUCAUCCCAUUACAGCCAAGGCCAUAGCCAAAGGGGUGGGCAUCAUCUCUGAAGGCGCUAGAACAAUAGACAACGUGGCCGCCCAGCUCAAGGUCCCCAUCUGCAGCAGCAUCGACCCCAGGGAAGCCAAGGCCAUCGUGGUGCACGGCUCGGACCUGAAGGACAUGACGUCGGAGCAGCUGGAUGAGAUCCUCAGGAACCACACGGAGAUCGUGUUCGCGCGGACGUCCCCGCAACAGAAACUCAUCAUCGUGGAGGGCUGUCAGAGGCAGGGGGCCAUCGUGGCGGUGACGGGGGACGGCGUGAACGACUCCCCCGCGCUGAAGAAGGCUGACAUCGGCAUCGCCAUGGGCAUCUCGGGCUCCGACGUGUCGAAGCAGGCCGCCGACAUGAUCCUGCUGGACGACAACUUCGCCUCCAUCGUCACGGGCGUGGAGGAGGGCCGCCUCAUCUUUGACAACCUGAAGAAAUCCAUCGCGUACACCCUGACCAGCAACAUCCCCGAGAUCACCCCCUUCCUGCUCUUCAUCAUCCUCAGCAUCCCCCUGCCUCUGGGCACCGUGACCAUCCUCUGCAUCGACCUGGGCACAGACAUGGUCCCGGCCAUCUCCUUGGCUUACGAGUCAGCUGAAAGUGACAUCAUGAAGAGGGCCCCGCGGAAUCCAAAGACUGAUAACCUGGUGAACCAUCGUCUCAUUGGCAUGGCCUACGGACAGAUUGGGAUGAUCCAGGCUCUGGCUGGCUUCUUCACCUACUUCGUGAUCCUGGCCGAGAAUGGUUUCAGACCUUUUGAUCUGCUGGGCAUCCGUCUCAGCUGGGAAAACAGAUUCCUCAAUGACCUGGAGGACAGUUACGGACAGCAAUGGACCUACGAGCAGCGAAAGGUGGUGGAGUUCACGUGCCACACGGCCUUCUUUGCCAGCAUCGUGGUCGUGCAGUGGGCCGACCUCAUCAUCUGCAAGACCCGCCGUAACUCGGUCUUCCAGCAGGGCAUGAAAAACAACAUCCUAAUAUUUGGGCUCGUGGAGGAGACAUUCCUGGCUGUUUUUCUCUCCUACACUCCAGGCAUGGACAUGGCCCUGCGGAUGUACCCACUCAAGCCCGUGCGUCUGUGUCUUGGUGUAUUUUGUUUUUUUACGUCGGCGUGCGCUUGUUACGAAGACGUUCUAUCGCGACUUUUACGGGGAAAAAAAGCAAACGUGCCAUACCACCCCACUCUCACCGCCCUGCCCGCCUCUGCGAUGGUCUCGGGCGUGUUCGUCCAGCUCAUCUGCCACGACUUCACACACUUUGCUCACCUUUCCGUCCCUUGCAGUGUUUCACACAACGCUUUGCGGGCUGUAGGUGCUCAAUGAAUGCUUAAUAAGAGACGUUGGCAUUGCCCUUGGAUACUGACAAGCCCCGUUUCGAAUUCCGACUCCACUGUGUGUUGUGCUGGACGGUAUAUAACCAGUCUAAGGCUCAGCUUUCCCUGCAGAGUCUUGGUCAUACACACCUGGCAGAGUAUUGUGAGAAUGACACAAGGAAAGAAUAUUAUGCGCCAAGCGCGGCUCCUUGGGUCGUGGCGGGAGCUUUGUUGGCAGUGGUUCUAUUAUUGUUGCCAUUAAUGUCAACACACAAGUCCUGGUAGAUGCGGUUGAGCAUUAACCGUGAUCCCAAACAUCCUGUACCCUCCCCGGCCAUACAGCACAUCCCCUAACACUGUAUUCAUGUUGGGUGUCUUUCUGCCUUCUUUCCCCUGAUCACCUGAGCUCCUGGAGAUCAAAGGCCAUCCUGGCAUCGCUUUUAUUCCCCCAGGACCCGCGCGGACACAGAGCGGACACACGGCAGUUGUUGUUGAGUGAUUGGGUGGCUGUGCGUCUGGGACCGCGUGUGCGCGUGUGCAGUGAGCCCGCGGCCAAGGCCAAUAUGGCUGGCCAAUAUGGCAGCCGCCCUGCUUCCGUCCCUCGUUCUCAGGCUCCUGAGACGUGGCUAGUGAGAGACCGAUAAACGGAAUCCGCCGUUGUAGCUAGCUGACGUAGAGUUAAAAGCUAAAGUGCCGUCAGAGAUUAUUCUACUCAGUACACCUUUCCUGUUUGGGUUGGGCUACGUUUUCCGCGGCCCUUUGAAAAUCGAGGGUCCGACAUGCGAUGCGCUCUCAUUGUGAAGUGCCCCCUGGACCUCGAAGGCUUAGGACAAAAGGAAGAGUGUAAACCAUCCCCUUAAUAACGUUCACGUUGGUUCCACGUGGAAGGGAUGAUACUUUGGAUACACUGGGUGAAAUAAAACGCACUGUUAGAAUU